AUGUUUUGUGAAGAAGAGUUUGCAGCGAUGAAUGGUCCCUUCAAAAUAUAUGAUGCUGUGAACGGACAGCCGAAGAAGCAUCUGAAUGCCGAUGACUUAUAUGCUAACAAUAGCGGUACAGUUCUGGCCUUUAAACAACAGGAUUACGUGAUGAUCGCUGCUGACACACGGCAUUCGUCAGUAAUGGGCAUCAAUUCGCGCAAAAUGACCAAAAUUUUUGAAUUUGAUGGAUUUGUUUUUUCUGGCACGGGGUUCUACGCCGAUUUAAACGAGGUGUAUUUUCGUCUCAGGUACGAAGUUGAAAAGUAUGAGAACGAGAUUGAAAGAAGGAUAAGCAUCCGCGCACUGGCCCAUAAGCUGCUGAACAUUCUUUACAGUCGCAGGAGAGGCCUUAUCUACUAUGUCUUUUGUGUUUUAAUUGGAAAGGAUGAGACAGGGGAUCCCGUGUUGUAUUCGUUUGAUCCAAUCGGCUCGUACGAACAGACAAUGUGUAGAUGCUAUGGCAGCGCAUCACCCAUGAUACAACCGCUGUUGGACUCGACGAUCAUGAAGCACAACCAGGAAAACGUGUCAUAUCAGAGCUUAAGCGUAGAGGAGAGUGUGGAACUGACUAAGAAGGCAUUUUUUGCAGCAGCUGAAAGAGAUGUGAAUACAGGCGAUUAUCUGCAAAUAGUUGUGUAUAAAAAGGAUGGUAUGACUGAAGAAUUGGUGGAUUUGAGGAAGGACUGAUGGAAUAAACGGUUUAUGACUGAAAUAAAGGCCAUUAUCUGCGGUUUGUUUUGUUUAAUGCUGGUACAAAGCGACCUGUUCAAUGUUAGAGUGGCAGUACCGUGAACAAUAGAUCAAAAGACACCGUAGGACAUCGUCAAACACGGGUAUUUUGCUGGUCUAAGAAUUGAGCACUUUUUUUAUUUUGGUUUUAUGGUAGCGCUGGGCAAGUAUUUUUGUUCUAGAUGAUUUGUGGGUGAAUUAAUUGGGAAAAAAAGCAAACAAUUUUUAAAAUAGCACCAUGCCAAGCAAAAGAAUUGGUCGUGUGAAUAAAAAAUAUUGAGCUCGUCGGUGUAAGUCCGUUGUAGCGCCCAAAAAGAUAGAAAAACAAAAAAAGUAAACUUGAACACUGCAAAAUUUAAGAAUAACGUAAUGGCACAUUGUAGCUAAAAAGGUGGUAUCAACCAGGAAAGUGUGAUGUUUAGGUGUGGUGAUACGGAGAGAUAAAUAAAACGCUUUUAACGAAGAAAUGGUCC